UGCAGAUUGGGAUUAAGGUGGGAGAGGAGUAACGUCUUCUCCUGCUAUUUCUCCCUCUGUAACAAACCGUCGCAUCUCUAUAAAUAGACAAGCCAUGCAGGUUAAAUUAUUUCGGCUCCGCACGGCCUCUAUCGAGUAUCUCUUCCAGUCUUCAGUUUCAGUUGAAAAUUAUUAUUGUUCGUUUCUCAAGAGAAUUUUUUGAUAGAGGCAAGAGUAGUACUUGACAUGGAUGGAAAUAUGGCCAUUUUUUAUGAUUGGGCGGCUUUCAAUCCUAGCCCAAUAACCUAUGAGUUUUUCAACUAGGAUUUUGUUCCAAGGCCAAUUCUUGAUUUCGGAGAAGAUGAUAGUCAGAGUUCUUCUAUCACAAUGGACUUUGAGAAGAAGAAACCACCUAUUAGCUUCGAAGAGGGGGGAAAGAAAAUGGGUUUGGACUGCACGAGUGAUGAUUCUUCAGAAUUAAUAGGAUUUAAUGUUCAGAAAUCAUGCUUGAAAGGGGUUCAUAAUGAGAAAAUGGCAGAAAUGGCUCGUUUAAACAUGUUAAAAGCUUUUGUGAGUCAAAGUGAUCAAGAGAAUAUCAUGUUUGAGAUUAAUUCUAGUCAAAACGAGUCAAAGAAUCUUAUAUCAUCAUUGCCAGAGGAAUCUUCUUCAUAUAUGUUGCUUUCGCCAGGCGUUAAUCUUUCAUCAAUGGAGUAUCUAGAUAAUUUUUCAGUUUCUCUGCAGGCCUUACCAGACAAUAAUGCAUCCCUUCAAGAAAAUUUCGAGCUUUUGGAGCCGUUUGGAAGAAAAGAGAAAACUCAUGAUAUUGCUGCUAAUCAAAAAGCAUCCCAUUUCUUGGAUGUGAAUGGAAGUCCCCCACCUCCACCCCCUGAUGACCAUCAAAAUGCAGAAAAAGGCGUCAACGUAGAGUUCUCAUCCUUUCCUGAAAGUGACCCAACAAAGGAUGGUUAUAACUGGCGGAAGUAUGGCCAGAAACAGUUGAAGGGCUGUGAGUUUCCUUGUAGUUAUCAUAAGUGUACCCACCCAAACUGUCCUGUUAGAAAGAAGAUUGAACGAUCUCUUCAGGGCCAUAUCACUGAAAUAAUCUAUAAGGGCUCUCACAACCACCCUAAGCCUCCUCCAAAUCAUCGGUCCAGUUUCUCAUCUUCAAAACAACUUCAUGGUCCACAAUCAGUCAGUGCAGAUCAUCCUGGUUCGGUGGCCAAUUUUAAAGGAAAUCCCUCAUUGGCAAGUUCUUAUGAUGGAUUUAAAGGACCCAAAUGGAGUGAUGGUUUCGGAGGUACUUCUUCAGCUUCUUUUACUGAGUUUAAUGACCCUUCUAAUGUUUUGAAGAGCUCUCAAUUAGAAUUGGAGUCGAUGGAAUCCUCAUCAUGUGUAAUAUCUAUUGACAAGGAAGAUAAUGAGGCAACUCAUAGCAGCUUAUCCGCUGAUUAUAAUAUUGACCAAGAGGAGAUGGAAUCGAAAAGAAGGAAGCAGGAACUCUGCUCUAUUGGCAGGAAUACUACUUCAAGGGCCAUGCGUGAUCGUCGGAUUGUGGUGCAGAUUCCUAGUGAUUUAGAUAUCCCCUAUGAUGGGUACCGAUGGCGUAAGUAUGGGCAGAAGGUUGUCAAAGGAAAUCCAAAUCCAAGAAGCUACUAUAAAUGUACAAACCGUGGAUGCUCCGUCCGCAAACAUGUGGAGCGAGCUUCAGAUGAUCUAAAUUCAGUAAUCUGUACAUAUGAAGGCAAGCAUAACCAUGAUGUCCCUUCUGCAAGAAAUAUCAACCUCGCAAGAUAUUUUCCAUCCAGCCUUGCAGAAACCGCAGCAAUGCAGCUUCCUGGUCUUUACACAAGGCCAGAAUUAGCUCAAGACAGCUUCAUGAGUCUUGAAAACUGUGCUCCAAUAUGUACAUAUGGCCUUCUUGGUAGAGGAAAGCAACUUGAACCAACAACUAGCUUUUCUUUCGGGUUCGACCAAUCAAAUUUGGCGAGCCUUUGCCCAUCGGGUUCGGACUUAAUGAGGCGAUUCAAGAUGCCAUUUUUUCCUCCAAUACAUCAAAACAUGGAUCGGCAGGUUAGCAGUGGAAAUAUUAUACCAAUGAGAGAACCAAAGAACGAACCGAUGUAAGAGUCUGAUGUGCCGCCAAUUGCCAAUACAGAUGCAGGUUAUCCGCAAUAGUGGAGUCGGUUAGUUUUUUUUUUUUGUUUUUG